AUGGCGCCUCUCAAAAUAGUUUCGCUCGCCUGUGCUUCUGCGCUCCUCAUAGCACAAGCAAACACCCAAGGAGCCCAAGGCCAAGGGGAGGAAGACAUUCAAGCUACUCCAACAUAUACUGUAGCACUUGGCAACACGGCUGUGUGCCUCGCCGAGAUCAACGGUGCCCGUGAAGACGCUGGACUCGCACACUUCACAGCGGCCGCCAAUAAAGAAGAAAUGUGGCCUGCAACAGAUGAAGGAGAUAACACCCACUGGGAUCCUGUUUGUGAAGCCCUGAUAGCAAAAGAUGCGGAAGGCGCGAAAGUAAAGGGCGCAAGUACAACUGAAUUCAAAAGUGGCACGUACGCUUUUAUGGCAUUGGAGUCGGACACGCCUGACUGCGCCGCCGCAGUGGACCACUGGAAGGACGCCGUCAGCAACUUCACCUCAGUCCCUCCACCGAAGACUGGAGAAGAUGAACCCUACGAUAAACAGCAUAACAUCUCUUUUGUUGCUAUGUUCAACCCCUCAGAGAAUGCAAGUGCUGACUGCCGAGUCGUCACCUGCACACAAACAACAACUCAACAGCCCUCAGCAUUCAACCUUCGAAACAGUGGGGAUGAAAAGAAGGGCUACGCUCUACUGUGCAUGACCACGCCUGAUGCAUUUAAAAAUGCGGAAGCUCCCUUCUCGGAAGAUCAGUGGAACAAGAUCAAGGCAUCCCUCACGGGUUCUGCCUCUGUUGUUGCCCCGAAUCUGCUUGUUUUUGCUAUUGCGGCCCUCGGUCUGGCUGCCAUUUGA